CUUUGCUUCUAUAAAUUAUUGUCCAAAAUUUUCGCAAGUUAACUUCAUCCUUCUAUAUAACAAUAUAACGUGCUAAGAGCUCCCUUGCCGUCCUCGUUUACCUUCUCUAAAUUAGGCUUUAAACAUGGCUUUAGCGGCUGCACUCCUCGUUCUUCUGCUGGCGACUCCGGCAGUUUAUGCCGUGCAAUACACCGUAGGAGACAGCAGUGGGUGGUCCACCUCCGGAGAUUACACGACUUGGGUUCAAGGAAAAACAUUCAACGUAGGCGACACACUUUUGUUCACCUACGAUAGCAGCAGCCACCGGGUGGAAGAAGUGACCAAAAGUGACUAUGAUAAUUGCAACAGCGGAAAUUCUCUCAAAACCUACAGCGGUGGAAACACAGUCAUCACUCUGUCCAGUACAGGGCCAAUGUAUUUCAUAUGCCCCACAACAGGACAUUGUGCUUUAGGCAUGAAGCUAGCCAUCAAUGUUGUAGCAGCCAGUGGCAACACGCCCUCCACCCCAUCUCCAUCUGGUUCAACUACUCCUUCAUCAGGGACAACACCAAGUGGCUCCACGCCGCCAUCGCAUGGCGGAGCACCUAGCAUCACGAAUAACGGUUUGAUGUUAGGCUUUUCGCUCGUGUUGGGGGCCGUCCUUGCAAUUAUGAGCUAGGGGAGAGGCAGUGCUAUCUGUGUGAUUUGUUUUCAUCAUUAUAUGUGUGAUUUUUUUUCCCUUUAUG